AUGGGCGACAAUAACAAUUCUUCAUUCCUUUAUGGUUAUGCUUCAUCCAACCGGUUCUACGGUUCGCCCGAACCUCCCUUCAACCCGAAGGCUGUGACACAAGCGAGCUGGACUCGACCGGAGCCAAAGCCUGAGUUAAAGGGACCGUUGGUUGAUCAUGCCAAUACCCUUCCUGAUGUGCAAUGCAACACCCCGAGUGCCAACCCGCGAUGGACGCCGAUGAGCCCAAAGACAAAAGGCCGUGUGGUCUAUGGUCGCAAGGUACAGCUUGCGCUGCGCGUGCUCGCUCUUGCCGGAGCUAUUGGAUCCCUUUUUUGUUCGAUCGUUAUCAAGAAUGCCGCGGUAACCGUGAUAUGGAUUGUUAGAGUCGGGCCUUUAACACCCUUCAAGCCAGCUGUCGCAAUUUUGCACACUCUCUACGGCAUAUAUACUUUGAGUCGCUCUUCUAUUACAAGGCCUCCAGGAUCGCAGGCUAGCUACAUGUUCUUUGCCGCAACAUUCGAUCUAGGCCUGAUCCCAUUCUACGCAUUUUCGGCCUACCUGGGUUACGGGCAAUAUACCGAUAACGCAUACGACUGGACUACAAUGCUAGGGUCUGAUGUUGACAUGACAACCAAGAUCGCAGAGGCUACUUUCCUGUUGGGUAUAAUCAACGGUGCACUCCAUGCGAUUUCCCUUGGAAUAUCUAUCUUCUUGGGUACCAUCUUCCGGAAAAUCACCCGACUACCCCCAGAUAUGAACCCGCUAGAAGACAACUUGACUGCACGUCCGUUUUCAAGAGCCAAGUCCGAAAUAAUUGAAAAACGUGCCAGCAAAUCUACCUUGGGCUCAGACAACAUCUCCAGCGAAGACCCACUGAUUGGUGUUCCGCGAAGUGUGCCUUUCAUGGAUACUCGCAGUAAUCCACCCUUCAACAAUGACUACAGCCGAUUCCCCCCUACUUUCGCAGACAGAACGCCACCGCAACACACGCGCUCUUUUCAUCGCCCGUCACGCAUCGACACCAUCCCACAUCUACCUUUCCAUCAACCAAACGAUAUUGAUGAUGCUACAACUAUCGCGUCACCCAUCGAGAAUCCGGAUAUCUUUACCAGGGCAACUACGUCAAUCCCGCGUGGUGCGCCAGUGCGCGAGCCAUCCCCUGACCUUCCCAACAGAUCUCAAUGUGUGAGCCCGGCUUCAGAGAAUUGGAUUGUCUAUCCGUCCCGGUCUACGACUCCUGUGGAGGAAGCUAAGGAUGAGCACCCAGCUCCUCGUGACCCAUCCUCUGUAUACAGCCGGGCCGAAACCCCAGCCUCCUCUAAGGGCGGUGUUAUGGAUUGGUUCAGUCCACAACGAUAUGGCCUGAAUAUAGGGGAGGCUAUCAGCGAGAAUAAGCGUGGGGAAUACGAGUCGAUCGCGGCGAAUGAAUUUUAUGGAAACGACGAUGACGUUCAUGACAUUCUGUACCGAAGCGGAUUCUACGAUAAUGCAGAGCAAGACCUUGGCGACCACCGGAUUGACAUCUUCCAAGAUCACGAGGAGCUCGACGAAGACACGCGAAACUCCUUGAAGGUCAAUCCAUUAGCGCUGAACCCGCCCUCUCCCCUGCCGAAGCCGGAUGAGGUCCAAAACCGCACUCCAAGCAAUGGGCGCAUGGCCCUCACUGACAUUCCCAAUCUCUCCCCCAAGCCUCCUGCCGAAGAGCCGCUUCUUGAUAGUCUGCAAAAGAAAGGAAGUUUCUAUGGAGAGCUUCCGCACAGUUUCGGACUUGAUACUCCACGGAAAGUCAGCCACGACCAAUCGAAGCUCACUCCAAAGAAGAACAAGCUCAACAUCAAGAAAAGCCAGAAGUCUAACGCCUACGGCGCACUUAAGCAGCAUGAUGAUGGUGAUCUUAACGGCCUUGGCAUUCCUUAUGCAGACCCUGUGGCUAUCGAUGGCGAUCGUAAAGGUCGCGUCGUUAGUAACUCCGGAGCUGAUGCCACCCACGCUAACUCUUCAUUGUCGUAUGGCAACUACAUCGCUGGUCUGGGAGUGGGAAGACGGCGCGAUGUCAGCGGCAAGAUGGCGGAAGAGGGCCGUGUCGAGACCAGCAAACCGAAAAAUGAGAACGCAACACCAAUCCGAGCGGCUGGAUGGGCUCGCUUUGCGGGUCUAUAG